UGAUUGAGUACGUGCUGUGUCUAACCGGUUGCCUCUCCUCUCACGGCUCUGUGUGCGCUCCCCGGAAGGCAGGCGCUAGAAUAAUCUUGUCCUCGUCGGCCACCGUAUGAUGUCGUGGCGUUUGCUGAUACUCACUGGUUGUGGUAGCUACCGUUAUCCGGCUUUCAGUUUUGGCAUUAAAUUGGAGUAAACUAUUGUUGCCACAACACAAGGUGUACCACCGGGGUCCUAGUGUGUUAUUUACGUGAAAAUGAGGCGCGCCGGUUUAGGUGAGGGGAGCUCUGGGCAUUAUGUGGCCAGUGGAUACAGUGUGUAUGAGGAGGAGAAUGAGCAGCUACAGGAGGGGCUGAGAGCCAAAGUCAACGCUUUGAAAAGUCUGUCAAUUGACAUCGGAACGGAAGUCAAAUACCAGAACAAAAUGAUAGACGAAAUGGACACGGACUUUGACUCGACGGGGGGUCUGCUCGGCGCCACCAUCGGCAGAGUCAAGCAGCUCUCCAGAGGCAGCCAAACCAAACUCCUGUGCUACAUGCUGCUCUUCUGUUGCUUCGUUUUUUUCGUCCUGUACUGGUUCAUCAAGCUGAGGUGACAGGAGAAAGUUAUUGGACUUCCCCUGGAGCUCCACCGCUUCCCACCCAGCUCUGUGCCAUGACCACGCAUCUCUGGAUCAGGCCAAUAUGAUGAUGAUGACGAUGAUGAUGAUGAUUAUAAUGAUAGUUCUGGGAUUUUUUUGAAGCAUUUCAGGUCAGGAUGAGUGCUCAAAUGUCUCUGAGUAGCUCAUAGUGACCCGAAUGAUAAGACUGAUAUUUAACAAGUGCUCCUACUCUGAGAGGCUUGAUAAAUAAGGCCCAGUGAUAAAGCUGGUUUAGGAAAGUACACAGUGUAAGAUCACCUGAUGACAAUGUGCAGUUGGGGAUGUAUAUAAAGAAGUAGACACUGCCAAUCUGGGGCUGUUUUAGGCAACAGUCUACACAGCACACAUCCAUGUGAACUGACUCACCAUAUAACAGAUCUGUCACCUGUUGUGCGAUGCUGCAUGAUGAAGGGGAUACGUUGAUAGUUUGUCAUAGGGUGUGGCUUACAUUUGAUCAAUGUAUCAUGGUAUGUAUGAAACUUGGAAUCUAAUCUGUUUAGAUUUUUUAAAAAUCUGUUGGCAUCCACAGAAACACUUGGCUGCAGUGUACUCAUCCCCCAUUGUUUCAACUUUGUUGUAAAAAUGUUUUUUUUUUCUAAUGUAAAUAAAAUUUAUGUUCUCAAUUUAA